AUGAUGCGCAACUCAAUCGAUACGACUGGUUCGGCUUCCGAUCAAAGGAGACCAAGCACUGCUCCUCCAUCUUGUGACGAUGAAAUGACCUCUCUUUCUGAGCGGUCAAAUUCCCGCGAUUGGGGUUGCCAGAAUACCUCCGUCAUCUGGCCUCCGAAUCAAGUACCAGUUGAGAUAUUCGAAAUCAUCAUCUCGCACCUCACACGUCUGGAAGUUAGAUGCUUGCGACUCGUUUGCAAAGAGUUUGAGGUCAAGGUGUCUGCGCAGUAUUUUCGAAAUGUUGUCGUGCCUUUCAAGUCUGAACUUUACAGUAAAUUGGAUCGUGACGAGAACGGCGCCCUCAAGCGCACCUCUUCUGCGCUUCUUUCCAAUGGAAUGCGCAUAUUCCAGUCGUUCGGUCCACAUAUCUGGCGGUUCGCUCUUUCACUGGAGCUCGAUGAGGAAACUCUCUCAUAUCCCCCAAUCAAGCCUUCACAGGAGGCUGUACCCUCUUUUUGGGGCAUAUAUCGGUGGCCGCACGGUACUUACCACCGCUAUACCGAUCUCGAGGGCCUUGAACAGACCGCUGAUGAAACCGAGGCAAUGAAGGAAGCGCUCAAAUGCCUGGUCAAGGUCACGAACCUCGGACUCUGUUGCGAUGCUGGCCUUGGGUUUCUCUCGGGACCUGACCACAUCGCGCGCAGCGCUACCACACUUCACCCUGUGUUUUCAACACAGAACUGGCGUCUGAAGGGUUCUGAACAACAACACCGGAAGCAACCUAUUGUCACUAUGUCUUCCAGUGACUCCAAGCAACCUGUGUUCGAGAGUCCUAUCAGUUUCAAGCAAACCGUACUACAGAAAAUGGCUUCCGAUGCUGGAUACUCAGGCGAUCAGCUCCAUGAAGCUGUGCGAAUGAUACUGGAAACGGAGGGUACAGAUAUCAACUCCAUCGACUUUGACGAGCGAGCUUCCCUUCUUAACGACAGGGAAGCUAGGGUACCAUUGCCACCGAAUAAUUAUCGUGCUGACUUCGAGCCUGUCGCCGCAGAUGUGGCAAGUCACCCACUAAUCCCUUCCAGUCUCACAAGAGCACAAAAAGAAAUGCUUCUAGAGCUGGAGUGGGCACACCGAGCUAUGAUUCAGUCUUAUGUUAUCGGUUUGAUUGACAACGCCCGAGAUGGCUGUUUUGAGAAUUUAACAACCCUCACGAUUGCCAAGAUACCCAGCAGUCAUGUGUAUAUCUUCAAUCGUCACGAACUUUGGCAAAACCUGCCGGCUCUCAACAAUGUUUCACUGGGCGUUAUUGCUGAUUGGCGACGCAUUUCCAAAUCUGCCCCUGGAUGCGUUGAAGACUCUCCCGUCUCUCCUGUCGAAGCUGUUGAAAAGGUAUACCAGCUACUGAACAACUAUAUUGGUGCCCAGCCCAACAUUGAGAGUCUUCACUUUGAAUGGAUCUGUGGUGGAGAGUUUGCCCCCGGAACAUACCAGCGACAUCACUUCAUCCUCCCAGCUCCUUUCUUCGAAAACCCUGAACUCAUGGCAAAGGUAGAUAGUCCCAAAACUCACCAAGAUGAUCUCUUGACACUGCCGUUCAUAAAACAUUUGUCGAUCAAAAACUGUUGGGCUUCGCCGCAUGUCUUUUUGCAGACACUUCGCACCAUGGCCCUCUCUGCACUCGAGAAGCUUGAUUUAGAGUCUGUUUCACUUUCUGGCCCACCAACCUUCGUCCCGCAAGCUCCUCUCCAGCAUCCUCUUAUUAAUCUGAACACUGCCAAUCUUCUAGGCUUAAUUCAGCUUCCGGGGCCUGCACCACAUCUGACUCAUCUUGGUCUUCCUCUCGGUCAACCUCUUCCUCCGCCUGCCGCAACAAUGCAAUGGCCAGCAGCGGCUCCUCCAAAUCACGGAUUCUUCCCCUUGCCGCAACCCAACAAUCCAACACCAGAUUUGCCAGAUACCUUACAACAGCCUGAGCCAUUUUCGUGGCCAGGUAUCAUAGAUCACUUGUCUCCUAGUGUCAAAACCAAACAUAUCUUAGCCGCCAGGGAAGACUCGGCUCCGAAUCCUGCGAGUCAGUUGACUCCCCACCAACCAGAUUCUCUGAGGCAGUACAUACCAGAAUCAUACCGUCUGCGCUCCGAUGAAAAGAAGUACACUCUCAAGAGCCUCUCGUUCAAGUCUUGUGGUUACGUAUCAGUUGAUUUGACAGCGAUAAAUACCAGAAGUAUUUUGCCUAUGGGAGUACAAGGUCUUGGUGGUAAUGGCAAUCCACAUGGUCAGGACCUGUCACCUUUGAUGCAGCACUCUAGGGAUAAGCUCCUAGGUCGUAUUGCACCUUGUAUGCGUGGUCAGGAGGUGUUCCACCUUUCCCAUGUCUUCGAUAUGGAUUUUGGUUGGGAAGGCAUCUACGACGAGCGGACGAUAUCCGACGCAAGGGCUGAUGGUGUUGAGACACCAGGGAUGGGUCGCUUCUCCGGCACAAUCAAUACUGCUGGCACUAUCAGAGCCAAGGAUAGCAAUCCUCCCAUGGAUGUGCUCUGGUAA